AUAGCUCGUACGCAAACAAUAUAACUUCCCAGGUCAAACAAUCCUAGUAGGAUCCUGUCAGAUCCUACAAGAUCCUAUAAAAUGUAGGAUCUUACAGGAUUCCUAUCGUAGGAUCCUAUGGAAUCCUAUUAUUUCCUAUGAUAGGAUUAUCCUCGAAGUCUGUCUGUAGGACUAUGUGAUGUUUCGUAUAGGAUCCUAUGGUAAGAAUCCUACAUGAUCUUAUUGUAUGAAUCCUAUAAAUUCUUACUAUAGGAUAUCGUAGGAUUUCAUAAGAAUGUUGUAGUAUCAAAGUUAUUAGUUUGUUUCCAUGAUGAAUAAUUUAGUGAAUGUUUAUUGGAUACUAGGCUUUGAUUUUCUCUACUAAAGAAGUACUUUGAGUUCUUAAUUAUAUUUUUUUGUUAGACAAGUAUAAUGUAUGUAUACGUGUCGCCACAAUACAGUUGUAUAAUCGAUAAAGCAAAUUUGCAUGCUUUUUUACAUCUGCAGUUAUAUUCGAAAAACAAUGCAGUUUUUAUUGAGCAGACGCUUGUGCUAACUGGAAUUUUAGUUUCCUUCAGUGGAAACGCUAAUUNUCGCUUAUCACAAGAUGGCGAACAAAAUUAAAAUGCGGGUGUGUGAGCAAUCACGCGGAUUUUCUGAUGCAUUUUUAACUAGUGUUUGUGCGUUUCGAGUUGAUCAGUAGUGCUGUACGCUUAUGUGCUUAGAUUAUGGGACACGCUUUGUUAACCACAUUUGCUUUUCUGCCUGACAAAAUUGUGGGAAAGCAAUGAGGAUUAUCAGACUCAUCCUUUGCUUAUCAAACUGCGCAGAAUCUCAAAGUAAACGCACAUAGAGAGUGAGAAAACGCACUGAAUUUUGCACUAGUUUUUCGACAAAUUCCGACUGGCUCGUGCUGUUGGAAUCGCCGAUUCGGGUUAAGUUCUCUCUAUCCAUUUCACGUCAGAUUAUUGCAUUUUGGUCUGCACUGUGCAUGAUCGUUAUAUGCUUUGUAAAGUGCUAUUGAUUCUUAGUUUUGGGUUUAAAACUCUUUGAUUGCUUUCUAAUAUUUCCAACUCUAAACAGAUACUAUUGCUUUUUCCGAAAUCUCAGUUCGCCCUUUUAUACUCAGUCUUUUCGUAGCAUCCUUAGCAGAGCUGCAGAAUCUGCCUGUUUGCUCCGACGGUUGUCGGGGCAAAACUUAUUGAUUUGGGGAAAUUUUUUGAAAAAUUGGAAGUUCUUUUUUGCAAAUAUAUUGCAAAAGAAAUUCUGUUCGUGGAUUAUGUCGGGGAAUUUUUUGAAAAACUUUUUCUGUCGAGGGAAAUUUUCUAAUCUCAUGGGUAGAUUCUGCACCUCUGACCCUUAGAGUAAUGACAAAUUCAACCAAGAUAGAUAGCUUCAAUAGGCUCGAAAGUUUGACAGAAAUUGUGAAUAAAAUCUUUUAUUCAAUGAAAGAGCUAGAAAGCUAACUGUUCUUCGACUGCAGGACACAUUUGUAUUAUAAGUAUACUUAAGGAAGAAAGGAAAGAAAGAAGGAUACCCCGCCUUGUGGCUAUCGUUACCGAUAUAGGGUGCUAAAAAGUGCCAGUUUCUAUAGCCCGUUAUCUUCCACACAGUUGACAAGCUUCUCACCAUAUCGUUACUAGUCAUCAGCUGCAGCUCUGCUCAGAAGACUAGUCCGACGUACACUUCUUUCACCCAAUUACUUCAGAUACACACUCAUCACGUACUAGCUAAUGUACCUGUGGUUGUACCUAAAAGAUUUUUCUCCUUUUUUGUAUUGUUUCGCCAAAAUGCCGAUAGGUAGAUCAUAAACAUAACGCAAUAAAUAUUAAUAAUUUAAUCGAUGAAGAUAUUGAAGCCGGUCGUCAAAAACAAAUGACAAGAUUGGAAAACCAGAAAUUACAUUAUAAACAGCAUAAACGAGAAUCAUUCAACAUUGAUAAUUAUACAAAAAUAUCAAAUAACAAUCUGUCUGAUAAACAAAAUAAAAAUGAAGAAACUGUUGCUAUAAUCACAACAAAAAGUUUAUUUACAAGUCAAAAUGUUAACUCUACAGCAACAUCAUUCGAUAUUGAUCCUUAUUUAGCUCAAACGUACGACCUAGAUGAUACAACUGAACCGCAAUGUCAAGAGGAAGAGGAAUAUAGUGAUAUAGAUUUUGAUCUUAUUGAUACAUUUGAUACAGCUGAAAAUAAUUCAACAUACGAUAACAGUAAUAAUGAGGAUAAUAACGAGAUUUGUACAACACGUAUAAAUAAUGAAGCAUUACAUUCUCAUACAAUGUUAGGAACAAAUAAUGUUUGCAUAGAAUUCUUACAAUUAGUACGCGAUUCACAAAUUAGUAAACAUCAAGCGCAACGUUUUCAGUCAUUUAUUAAUAAUAUUCUGCCUCAACCGAAUGCAAUGCCCAAUACGAUGGGUGAAUUAUUAACAAUCUUGAAUAUUACAAAUUAUUUUUACAAACGCACUGUUUGUAUAUUGUGUAAAAGACUGCUUAACAACAAAGAAACUAUAUGUGAUAAAUGUCCAACAGCUGAAGCUAAACAUACAGCUCAAAUUUAUGAUACAAAUUUUCCAGCACUAUUAUCAGUAAUUGUAUCAAGAUUAGCGAUAGAAAUUCACCAAUAUAAACAACAAAUCUCAGCACUAAAUCCAAAUGAAGUAGAGCAUUAUGACAUCCCAUUUGGACAAAUUUAUCAACAGCUUUUAAAACAACGAAUGAAACAAAAUUUAUUAAGUUUAUUGAUUCAACUUGAUGGUAUCGGUUUAGUUAAAUCUACAAAUUUGAAGAUGUGGUUAUGUAGUGCAGCAAUAAUCGAAUUACCACCUAACAUCCGAUCCAGAAGGCACAAUAUGCCAUUAUUAUCGAUUUAUAUUGGUCACACGGAACCACAUGUGAAAUUAUGGCUAAGUUCCUGUUUUGAUAUGUUAAAAUUCAUUAAACAAGAUGGUAUGAUUACCAUUGCUUUUUACCUAUUGCACAUUCGUGAAAAUUUGGGUUCUGACUUGAACGUAUAUAAGAAGAAAGUACGGGAAUCGAGAAAGAUUCGGCUCACUUCAUUACACGUUGGAAACGCACUAACUACUUGGUAUAUUGGCCCGGCUUGCUAG